GAGGGAGGAGAAUGCCCGGGGAGGGAUGCCCGAGAGGGGGGUGCGAGGGGGCGUGUGGAAGGGGCCGAGCUUCCCUCAAAACACAGGGCUAUGUGCGAGGAUAAAGUGCAUCAGUGCGGGGACAGCCAGCCUAGGGGGCACUUCCGAGCAGGCGGAGAGAAGCGAGAAACAAAGAGAAGGGAGGACAUGAGCGAAGGCGAAGGGAGGGAGCAGGGGAUCAGCUGAGUUCAGUCCCACCAGGAAAGCUCUUCCCCUCCGGCACAUCCCCGAGAGGCGCAGGGACAGGUUCUCCCCUCUCCUCUCCCCCUCUGGUCAAGAAGACAAAGAAUCGAGCGGCCCCAUGGGGAAAGGGGGUGAGCAAGGGGGGGACUCGGGGGAGCCGGCGGCGCAGAUCCGCUUCUACACCUGGGAGGAGAUCCAGAAGCACAACCUGAGGACGGACAAGUGGCUGGUGAUAGAGCGAAAGGUUUAUAACAUCACCAAGUGGGCAAAGAGGCACCCGGGGGGCCACCGAGUCAUCAGCCACUGCGCCGGCGAAGAUGCCACGGAUGCAUUCCAGGCCUUCCACAUCAAUCCCACCUUGGUGCAGAAGUUUCUCAAGCCGUUGCUUAUUGGAGAACUCGCUCCAGGGGAGCCCAGCCAAGACCGAGACAAAAAUUCCCAGCUGGUGGAGGAUUUCCGGACCCUGCGGAAGACAGCGGAGGACAUGAACCUGUUCCAAGCCAGCCCCUUGUUCUUCUCCUGUUACCUGGGCCACAUCAUUGUCAUGGAAGUUUUGGCUUGGCUCAUGAUUUCCUACUUUGGGACCGGCUGGAUCACAACCCUCAUCCUUGCCUGCAUCCUUACAACUUCCCAGGCCCAGGCAGGGUGGCUGCAACAUGAUUUUGGACACCUCUCUGUCUUCAAGAAGUCUUCCUGGAACCACAUCGUCCACAAGUUUGUCAUUGGGCACCUGAAGGGUGCCUCUGCAAACUGGUGGAACCACCGCCACUUCCAGCACCACGCCAAGCCCAACAUCUUCCACAAGGACCCAGAUGUGAACAUGCUGCACAUUUUUGUCCUGGGAGACACACAGCCCGUUGAGUAUGGCAAGAAGAAGCUGAAGUACCUGCCUUACAACCACCAGCACGAGUACUUCUUCCUCAUCUUCCCACCUCUGCUCAUCCCUGUGUAUUUCCAAAUCCAAAUCAUCUCGACAAUGAUCAAGCACAGGUUCUGGGCGGACCUGGCCUGGGCCAUCAGCUACUACCUGCGCUACUUCGUCACCUACAUCCCGUUCUACGGCGUCCUGGGAUCCCUGUGUCUCCUCACGUUUGUCAGGUUUCUGGAGAGUCACUGGUUCGUGUGGGUCACCCAGAUGAAUCACAUUCCAAUGGAUAUUGAUUCUGAGAAGCACAGAGACUGGCUGAGCUCCCAGAUGGCAGCAACCUGCAACAUUGAGCAGUCCUUUUUCAACGACUGGUUCACUGGGCACCUGAACUUCCAGAUUGAGCACCACCUGUUUCCAACAAUGCCACGGCACAACUUCUGGAAGGUGAAGCCUUUGGUGAAGUCAUUAUGUGCCAAGUAUGGGGUCCACUAUGAGGAGAAGCCUCUCGGGAAAGCGUUCGUAGAUAUCGUUGGGUCCCUCAAGAAAUCUGGAGAGCUCUGGCUGGAUGCUUAUCUCCAUAAGUGAUCAUGAAUCUUUCUGGGGAGGUGUGAGUGACCGGGAGGGAUGGGGGGGACGUGGUGGGGGGAUUCACACUUGUGUCUUUUAUUCUCAGAUCUCAGUCUAAAUCCAGGGUUGGAGGGGAGUUUCCUGUCUUGCCAGCCGCUUCUGGUGCAGGCCCUGUUCAAUCCAUACAGAUUUAAAAUGUGCUCCAGAGGGUGGAAAGCAAGGCCAGCAGUGCAAAUGUUUAAAAAGGGGACAUUAAUAUCUGACCUUGACCUUCUUUUCACAAGAUUUGUUCUCAUUCUGCCUAAACCACACAAACCCUGAUUCACACCUAAGGGGUUUCAGGCCUCAGUGAGUGUUUGCAAUCCAAGGACACCCCAGUCAGCUCAUGCCUCUUUCCCAUGUUGGUGUGGAAGAGGAAUCACAUGCCACGGGCCUGGCAGCUGCUGGACUGUGCUUCCAGCCCUGUCCAGAGCGCAGCUCCCUCCUUUCCCUGCCUGCUGCCCUUGUCUAACCAUAGCAUCCCUUUAGUGCAAGCUGUGACCCUGGCCCUGCACAGCUAACCCCUAACCACAGCAGGGUUAACAUAGCCGCGUUUUUAAGAUCAGCCCCUCCUACCAGGGGUCUGUAGAAGAUUUCUGGGUUUAAACAGCAAAAGGUCUCCUUUAGGAGAGGGUCUGUUUUCUCUUUAAUGAGCAGCAGGUCUGGCACAGCCAAUCGUCAGUAAAUCACACAAAAGACCAAAACAAUCAAACAAAACGUGCUAAUUGCUCCUCAGUGCUCCAGGGGAACCACAAACGGCCUUUUCACCAUCCUGCCCUGCAGAAACCCAGAGUUCUGCCUGUCUGCACAUGCCUGGCAGGCACCGAGCCUCUUCCUGCCUGCCCGAGGCCAGGAGCCAUGGCACUGUUCACCCUUUCCUUGGGAACAAUCGCAGGAGAAAAGGAGUUCUCCCCGCAAAAGGAGGAGCUGCUCAAAUGCCAGCUGGAAUCAGCCCUGCCCAGGCUGUGCUGCCGAUCAGAGACCUUUGGAGAACCCUCUCACAAGCUGUCUAAAAUUCCAUUUCCUGCCCAGCACCUAAUUACCAAAAUUCACUAAUAACUUAUCAGGAGAUACAGUUGGACAGCUUCCAGGUGCUUCUGGAACAGGUGACCUGACCCCAAAUAAAUUCAGGGGUUCAGGUUCAGCUGCAACACAACAGAAGAGAUAUUUGGUUUAGGACAAAGGGCCAUGGUUCCAAAAGCAGCCUCCAGCUCCAGCAUCUGCCUCAGUGCUCCCUGGAAACACCAGGAGGGAGACUCUGGUUACUUUGCACGCCUCAUUACUUCCCUGGGCUCUGAAACUGGAUCCUCUCUGUCAAAUCCCUGAAUCCUAGCAGCAUCCCACAGAAUCAGCAAGGUGCUUCAUCAUGAAUAGAGAUGACUCUGGGACUGUGGCCAGCAUUGCAAAAAAAAAAAAAAAUAAAAUAAUGUAUUCCCUCCCCACCCUCUUUGGAGAAUAAAAUGAGAUUUUAUCUUUGCUUACA